AUGGAGCUGCUCGCAUUGGAUGAGGAUUCGCUGAUGGAAAUAUUUUCCUACUUCUGCUUCAACGAACUACUAGUGCUGUCUUCCGUCUGCAAACGUUUUCUGCACCUGUGCCAGCGGCAUCUGCGGAAAAUACGUCACUUCGAGCUCGACUACCGAAGUGUGGCGGGACGCGAAAAUUAUCCGGAGUAUCUUCGCAACGUGUUUACCAGCCUUGGACCAACGCUGGAAGCGUUCCGCUUUUCCGGUGGAUACAUCAUGGACGAAACAUUAAAACAGCUCAUUGUGGACGGUGUGGCCGAACACUGUUCGAACUUACGCCACCUAACCAUCAACUAUACGAUCCUUAACGAGCAGCAGCUGCGAUCGCUGGCCGUCCUGUUGGAUACGCUCGUGCAUCUUGAUCUUGGUCGCUGUGAUCUAACCGACAAAAGCUUGGGAGAGUUCCUGCGAUCGCGACCACUGAAACUGCAGACAUUGGCCAUACCGGGGAACACUAAUUUGUUGGGUGCAUUUUUCAAAGAUUGGACCACGGCGUAUGAUUUGCAGCAGCUCGAUUUAAGCUAUUGCUUUUCGUUGAAUGUGCAAGAGAUGGAUGAGUUCUUGACGCACCAUGCCAAGCGUUUACGGGCGGUCGAUGUUACCGGAAGCCUAUGGUUGCAGCGCAACAAGGAUAUCUUUGGGAAGGAUGACCGAUCGAUAACGAUGGGAACCAACCUACCGGUGUUGGAAUACUACAAAGCAGGCUAAAGCUAAGGCUAAGAAGCAGUCUUUGAGACAGCAAACAAUUCAUUCCAAAGCUACAGAAACCCUAGUUAUUGUGGCUGUAGUAAUUGUUGAAGUUAAUGUUGAGUAAGAUAAUUUUGAAACAUUUCUUACAUAUUAGUUCAAAAGUGCCUGACACAAUCGUUGUGUCAAAUUAAACAAUUGUUGCUGAUAGAUCAAGUACUGAAACUAGAAUCAUUAGAA